AUCACAAAUUUUAUUGUUAUUUCAAGAUAAUUAUAAUUAAUAGAUUUUUUUUAAAUUUGUAACCAAAUUUCUGAUCGUAUUACCACUGACUCUUCCGAUUGCAAAAACGGUUAACUCGGGGAAGGGAUGGGAUUUGAAUUUAAAAAAAAACGAAAGGAAGAAAAACAAUUUACGAAAAACAAAUCCCAACGGAAAAACUCGCGAAUUUAUGUAAUAUAAUUUCAAUUCUCAAUCGAUGAUAUCUCAUCAAUAAGCUGGUAAUGUCUCAAAGACUUGAAGAUUAUGAGGUAUUGAGUAUUAUAGGCCGGGGUACAUUCGGUACUUGUUACAAAGUUAAGUCCAAGAUAACAAAUCAGUUGUUUGUUUGGAAAGCCGUCGAUUACGGAAAACUAAGCGAGGAUAAUAAGAAGAAUCUGGUGUCUGAAGUAAAUCUUCUAAGUAAAUUAGAUCACCCAAACAUAGUAAAGUACUUUGAUAGAAUUAUUCAUGUAGAAACAACUACACUUUAUAUAAUAACAGAAUGGUGCCAAGGGGGAGAUUUAGCUGCUGUCAUCAAAGACUCUAAAAAUGUAAACAAGUCACUUUCAGAGGAGUUUAUUUGGCGAAUCCUCUAUCAAGUGUCGAAAGCGAUUCAAGUAUGCCAUACAAAGCUGGUUGGCUUUACAGUCCUUCAUAGGGAUAUAAAACCAGCAAAUGUGUUUCUUGAUCAAGAGGGAAAUGCAAAGCUUGGCGAUUUUGGGCUGGCUAGGAUAGAGCAGGACGAACCCACAACAACUAAUUUUGUUGGAACACCAUAUUAUUUGAGUCCUGAAGUAGUAAGAGGACAUGGACAUAACAGGAAAUCUGAUAUCUGGGCUUUAGGAUGUUUGGUUUAUGAAAUGUGCUCGCUGAGGCCACCAUUUAAUGGUACUAAUAUGAAAGAGCUCACUUUUAAGAUUAAAAGCGGAAAGUAUAAAGAAAUUCCAAGUUUUUAUUCAGAAAAUUUAAGGAAAGUAAUAUCAUUUAUGUUAAGCGUUAAACACGAAUUUCGACCUACGAUAGAAAUGAUACUCCAUCACCCACUUGUUGUGGUAAAUAUAAAAUCAGCUCCAAAACCAUCCAAAAGCUCGAUAGACUUGGAAAAUGUUUGCCUGAAAGCUUUACAAAACCUUAGCAUGACUACAGAUGCCGAGGAAGUGACCAACAAUACAUUUAAAGGAAAAUGGUUGUCAAGAUUAGAAACGUUAAGAAAAAGAGAAGAAAGAUUGAAGGAGAAAGAAGAAGGGAUGGCAAUAAAAGAGAGGUCACUUUUAAACAAAGAAAAACAGUUGGCUCUGUUAGAGAGACAAGCAAAAGAAAAGUUGGUUUUAGCCGAGGUUUACAGCAAAAGGAGAAAAGAUCCAAGACUGUAUGCAAUGGUGCACGAUGGAAAUGUAAGCGAUAUUUCUGCCGAUCCCGGUGAUACAAGUGUCUCCCGGACUGUUGCAAGAAUAGACCCUAAUCAAUUUCCAAGGCCGUUGUUUGUAAGAAAUACAAUAGAGACACGUUCAAAACGAGUGCAUUUUGAAGAGAAAAGAAAAAUUUUGGGUGAUAAUUUUAUAAGGCCAACUUCUGUCACUUGUUCAUCUCAUAGUCCAGAGGAUUUGACAGAAACUUCUCAGCCAAAAAUCUGGCUAGAGAGUAAGAAGGUACACAAUCGAUCGAGAAUAUUGCAAGACAAGGAGAAUAUUUUAGUGAAGCCAAUAAAAAAACCAGACAAAACUUUUAAAAUAACUAAUUUCAUUUAACAGUAUUAUUAUUUUUAAUUUAAUGAUAUAUAAAUAUUUGAUAUAACUUAUCUGUUUGGUUUAUAUAGCUACACUAAUAAAAUGUUCUAUCAAUUCUUAAUGCCCUUGCUGUUAGUAACCUAUAUCAUGUGAAAAAAUUUAGUUAUUAUUAUUGGUUAUAAAUUGGAUAAAAUUGAAAUAAACAUUAACAAUCAUAAAUUGAAUUAGUGCAUAUAUAUUUUGUUCAAAUAUACAUUGUAUAUUUCUGUGAGUAGGCUCCUAUAAAGCUUGUUUUAUUUAUUAAACAAAAAUCAACCAAGUGCAUU